CUGAGGCGUUUUCGACCGGAUUUGCUGUGGAUUUGCAUGAUAAUAGACGGUGGGAUUUUUCUGAUGAAUGGCUUGACGUUUUCUAUUGGGUUAUAUUCUCUUCAUGCGGCCUCCUUGUUCAGUCAUAGAGAGGUGGCUUAUUUCAUGUUUAAGCGUUCUUUUUUCCCCCUCACUUUUGCCUGUUUUUCCCUCUCAUGGUCCAUGGGGAAUGGAUAUGGAGGAAGAAACAGGCAAAGCGCAUAUGACCUUGCGGGGGUGCAAGACUGUCCUCUCGACCUUUUGUGAGAUGGAAAAAGAGAGAACGAACGCUGUGUAUAUAUUCAUUUCUCUCUUUCUCUCUCUCUCUUCUAUGUUUCUCUCUUUUCUCUUUUUUUUCAUUCUCUUUUAUUCUCCUUUUUUGUUGUGUACAUGUGGCUCGCCUCGGACGACCACACUGCUCAUGGGGUAGGGGAAGAUGAUACCAUCGAGAUGUCGGGAGACGAUUACUACUGUCCCAUCAGUCAGCCCGUAGUGGUCACAUAUAGGUGUUGCUCCGCAUCGAGUGCAAAGGUGUCGGUGAAUAUAUCAAAGAAAAUUUGUUCCGAGAGUUGUUGGCCCCGAUGUGUAGAGUAAAGAUACGGGCCU